AGCUUUUUCAUUCAUCUUGCAGCAUUCGUUCGAGUGAGUCGAGUUCGCGGUGGUUUGUGCUUUUGGUGCGUGCGGUGUGCGAUUUUUUGCGAUUACGGGGCGUUUGAGCGAGUCGACGAGAGUAUUGAGUCCGAGAGGUUCCCGUUUUCUUUUCCCUGGCCAGCAUCAUCGGAUUAUGUGCGUCCGCGUUUUGUGGUUCGUUACGUAAGAAGUACUGCUGAGAAUUUGUUCGGAAAUCCGAGGAAUCGGGGACGGUUUGAGUGCGCGGCGCGAGCGAGAGAGUGUCCUGUUGAAGCAACCUAUAUAAUUAUAUUUACCUGAAAGGGAAUUUUCGGUCCGCGAAAUUUUUGACUGUGAAAAAAGAAGGCGAACUUGCAGCAGAGUGGAAUCCGCAGUGUACAAAACAGGAAGAAGAAGAAAAUUUUCUCGAGUGAUUUUCUACGGCCAAUAUGCUAAAGAACGCGGUAGCUCUGGUGACUGGUGGCGCCUCCGGCCUGGGUCGCGCAACGGUGGAACGAUUCGCCCGGACUGGAAGUAAGGUGGUGCUGUGCGAUCUACCCACGUCCAAGGGCGGUGAUGUGGCGAAGGAAAUCGGCGACAAUGUUAUCUUUGUGCCCAUUGAUGUUCUCUCCGAGCAGGACGUCACCGGUGCAUUGGAUGCCGCCAAAAGCAAAUUCGGUCGACUGGAUGUCGCCGUCAACUGUGCCGGUAUAGCCGUAGCCGUCAAAACCUACAACUUCAACAAAAAGGUGCCACAUAAGCUGGAGGAUUUCCAAAAGGUCUUGCUGGUCAACACGGUCGGAACGUUCAACGUCAUCCGCCUUUCGGCUGGCCUAAUGGGUGAGAACGAACCGAAUAAGGACGGCCAACGAGGUGUGAUUGUAAAUACGGCAUCGGUGGCCGCAUUCGAUGGGCAGAUUGGCCAGGCUGCGUACGCUGCCUCCAAGGCCGCUGUCGUCGGAAUGACCCUUCCUAUCGCACGUGACCUUAGCACCCAGGGAAUCCGCAUCUGCACGAUUGCUCCGGGACUGUUCAACACCCCGAUGCUGCAGGCACUCCCGGAGAAGGUGCGUGCCUUCCUGGCCAAAACGGUUCCCUUCCCGCAGCGUCUUGGAGAACCGUCCGAGUAUGCCCAGCUGGUGGAAUCGAUCGUCGAGAAUCCCUUACUCAAUGGCGAGGUGAUCCGACUGGAUGGUGCCUUGAGAAUGAUGCCUUAGAAAACCAGUGAAGGUACAAAUCUUCCACCUUCCCCGAAACGCAAUAAGACGGAUAGAUGCAUUUAUUAGGUCCUAAGAUUACACCUGUGCCAAUGCUUGGCGCGGUUAAUUUUUUUUCCUAACUGCUAAGCAGCUGUUGUUUGCCUGUCGUAGCUAUUCAUAGUGGAAUAAAGUUUUUUGCUCAGGAGUGCAUUUUGUUAA